CGGACCGACCGAGCAGUGGGGCGGACUAAAAGCCGGUCGCCAGAAGGACCCGCGUUAUUGUUUUCCAGUCCUGUUCCUUUUGACAGUCUUUCCCUCGUCCCCACCAUGAAGGAAAGAAGACUCGCGCAGCCUUUUGUGGCGAGGUGUAAACUAGUGCUGGUUGGAGAUGUCCAAUGCGGGAAAACGGCGAUGUUACAAGUCUUGGCCAAGGACUGCUAUCCAGAGACUUAUGUACCUACUGUGUUUGAGAACUACACAGCCUGCCUGCAGCUUGAAGACCAGCGAGUUGAGCUCAGCCUCUGGGACACAUCAGGUUCUCCAUACUACGACAACGUCAGGCCCCUCUGCUACAGUGACUCAGAUGCAGUGCUCUUAUGCUUUGACAUCAGCCGACCAGACACAGUAGACAGUGCACUGAAGAAGUGGAAAGCAGAGAUCCAGGACUUCUGCCCCAGCACACGGAUCCUGCUAAUAGGCUGUAAAACGGACCUGCGCACGGAUGUAUGCACGCGCAUGGAGCUGUCCAAUCAGAAACAGAGUCCCAUCUCCCAUGAACAGGGUUCGUCCAUGGCCAAGCAGCUCGGAGCAGAGGCUUACCUGGAGUGCUCAGCCUUCACAUCAGAGAAGAGCAUCCACAGUGUUUUCCGUACGGCAGCUGUGGCCUGCAUGAACAAACCCCAGCCUGCCAAUAAACCCAGCCCCGUCCGUCGCCUCUCCAAGAGACUCCUCCACCUGCCAAGCAAGACAGAGCUCCUCUCCUCUACCUUUAGCAAGGAGAAGUCAAAGAGCUGCUCCAUCAUGUGAAAUACUGCUGGGAUCAGGGUGGAAAAAAGAAAGGAAGGACAAGUGAACUAUACUGUAGCUGGUUCAGCAGGGGUGCAGGGUGUGCAAGGGCGAGAGAGCAACAAAGUGGAUUUCUACUCAGUCCCUCUCUCCUUUGCAGUCCAAACUCCCUCAACCACUUCAAAAAGAUCACUAUACUCUCUAUAUUCAACUCUGACACUGAACUUUUGAUCAUGACUUGACACCAGCACUCAGUGCAGAGACAGAGUGAAAAAGCUUUGAUGUUUAAAAUAUUUCUGAUCAAUUAAAUAAUCCUGUACAAAGACAUCAUAACAGGCGCUUUAAGGUGCAGACCUGUUUUCUCAUCACAUAAAGGCUGCUGUGAUAGAGUCAGCUUGAAUAAGGUCAGUACCUCCUCUUUUCUAUGGGGGAAGUGGUUGUAAACACUGCAUUUGACUGCAUUACCCUGAUGAGACCGAUUUUAAGUUCUGAUAGCGGUGCCCUUUCCCAUCCAUCUCUUGAUUUGAAUGUCCCUUUAAGGUCACGCUAUGGGCUGAGUGACUAGAUGAAAUGUAAAAUCUGACGAUGCAGAACGUGCUAUGUACAACUUGGAGAAUUUAAAGCAGUGGUCCUUGAGGAAAUUAUUCCCCAGCAGACCCCUCACAGUAUUUCGUUAAGGAAUUAAAGCCGACAGUGGAGAAAAGGGGGAGAGAAGGGAGAGAUUUGGCAGGCAGAGUGUUCAUUUGCUGAGACAGUGGGAGGACGAGCUGAGAGCACAUCUGAAGGACCGCAAUGUGACUCAGCACUCACAUGAGCCACAAAACAGUGCAGGGUGGACAUGCUGUGACAAAAACAAACACAAAAUCUGGGCCAUGUAAAAACUGUCUGACCAUGUUUUUGUCACGUACCCUUUCAUUUCAUUUCAUUCACAGCAGUCAUAAUUCUUCAGUGUUAUUAACCAUGAAUAUUAACCGGAUAUCAGUUUUUUUAAUCCGGAAAAAUAAUUAAACCAUUCUUUCUUAGUCUUUAAAGGAUAAAACAACGAUUUCUUUUUAUACAAGCAAAACUAGAUGGAUUUAUUUUAAUGUAUCAAAAAAAGUUAUUUGUUUUUGAAUCCUCUGCCUCAAGAUUAUUUGAAGAUUAAUCCACCGUACUUCAACAAGCUCCAGGUGCUGGGUAAAUAGAGUGCUCCACCGAUUUAGCAUUGCGCCCAUAUAAAACUGUCAGACUAAUGCAGCACAACCAGAGGACUUUUUUAUUCCACACAUUCUUCUUCCUUUGUCAAAACCUGGCGCCUACAUUACCUACAUUGCAACUCAGCCGCUGAGAGUUCGGCAGAGAUUCGGGUGUGUUUUGCUAGUAGUAGCUAAUGUAGCCUAAAGCUGCUAGCUUCAGGCAAAGAUGAGUAGCGGGCUACAAAGGUCUGGUAAACUCACUUUACACAAGUUUUUUUUCCCCACAUACUGUAUGUAGUAAUACUCCCCAACACCUAUAAACAGACUUUGAUGUGUAAGAUUUGUGAAAACCCCUUCAAGCUAAAUUCUUCAUUGGUAACAGUUAUCAAAGAUGCUCCUGCUGCCAUUUUCAGUCUGGAUAUCUGCAUGGUUGGCAUUAGAUUCCAAGGCUUGGGAGUAUUUGGUUGUACUCAACAGUACAGACUGCCUGUUCAAGCAAUUGAACGGCAGUCUGACAGAGCACGGGUGAAUAUAACUAAGACUAAACGCCCCGACUGAACAUAACACAAAUAUCUGAUAAUCACAUGACCAUAAGAAUUGCGAUCGACAAGGAACGAAGUUACCAUUAACUAAGUGCACAUCUACAUAAAACUACAGGAAACACCACUUUAACAGGAGAUAAAGAUUAUCAGAAGGGGGGAACAGACUUGGACACAAGAUGAGCCAUCACUCCGCGAGCGCGAUGCAGACCGUGUCAUAGCGUCCUGGGUACGGGCACCCACUCCCAAGGCUUGGAAUCGAAUAGCAGCCAAAUCCGCAUUAACACUAAAUGUCCCCGCGAUGAUGGGUUGGUGGGGUGGGGGAGCUGAAUUCAAUCACAGGCUGGUCCUGUCUGGAGAAAGAGAUCUUUUCCUUCCUCUUUUUUCUAUUUAUGCUUUAAAAAUAUUUUGAUUUUAUUUUUCAACAUCGCUGCAAAGUAUUCUUGACAUUUUCCACUUAUAAAAUAGCCUUUUUUUCCCCUGGAUGUUUCUACUUGCUUGUCGCUGUCUUUGGUGUUUUUGCAGCUGUUGCUGAUGUUGUAUUCACUCAAGUCUUCUGGCAUUUGUAGCUGUUGACAGCUCGGCUAAUGGAGGGCUUGAUGAUUUGUAGGUCUGCACCGAGAAGCCUGGACUUCUCUGGAUGUACAGAACACUGGAAUUUAAGGUGUUGCCUAGCAACAGUGCGAUCAGGACUCCUGUCUCCCAGAGAGAGGGAGGGACAGCUCUCCAAGAGGGCGCCUCACCUUUUAUUUGUAGCAUUAGACAGAAGCCACAGCGGAGGUGAUGGCUGGGCAUUUCAGGGAGCGGCGGACUGCUAAAGAUCUCUACGUGAUUAUAAAGACCCCAUGCUGGUAGCAACUACGAGUGGGUUGUUGGAAACAGCAUGCCUUCUAAAAUGUGUCUCUUCAGCUCUGCUGCAGUCAUUAUUUCACUCGUCGUGUCUGGAGCAUCGUGCCAUCCUAAACAAGCUCAUUUUUGUUCAAUGUACAUUUCACCUUCCGGGGUUCCUGCAGGGUUCAACAACUUAAAAUUAAAAUUAGGGGUUCACCAUAUUAAAUUAAUACCUGUUUCACACCAUCCAAAGUAUGAAGGUAUGAUAGCAGAAAGGAAGAUGUGGACUGGAAUUAUUUAUUAUUAUUAUUAUUAUUAUUAUUAUUAUUAUUAUUUAUUAUAUCACAUUUUUCAGUACUUCCCAGCAGUAUAUAAAAUAAUGUGAUCU